AUGGACAUGAUAUUCAUAAGCCUCGAUGAUUGUUAUUCAAUGUAUGUUACGUAUGCUAAGGCUUGUGGUUUUUCAGUCAGGAAAGGGACUGGAAAGAUAAACGCCAAAGGUGAAAGACAUAUUAAGUAUUACUUGUGUACGAGAGUUGGGUUAUAUAAGGACAAGAAGGUUGAUACGUUGGACCCCAGUCAAAAGGAACGGAUUAUGCGAUCCAACUUUUCAAAGAGGACUGAUUGUGGUGCACUGUUAUGCGUAAUUUUUGAGGCUGGAUCAUGGAAGGUCUAUAAGUUUGUUAAGGAGCACAACCAUGAUCUUGUUGAACUUCCUGAUAAGCAUUUUGUUCCAACUGAAUGGCACCUCACUCAGCUCCAGAAGCAUGUUAUACACAUGUCUAAGUUGAAUUUGGGUCCAGUUAAGGCGUUUAAUGUUAUGAAGACUUUUUUUGGUGGUUUUGAAGACGUGGGUGCAAGUAAACUUGAAUUUAAGAACUACAAGAGGCAAAUUAACUUGCUUAUAGGGGAAUACGAUGCUGAGAUGGUUGUUGGUGUUAGGCUAUGCAAUUCCACUAAUUUCAAAGAACGUAUUUAUGGUGUUGUGUGGACGGAUAUUCUUGCACCAGAAGUAUUUGAAUCAGGAUGGGAAGAGUUUAUUAGAGAGUUCAAUUUAGCAGAUAAUGACUGGCUCCCUGAUAUUUUCGAACUCAGGGAAUCUUGGAUCCCUGCAUACUAUAGAAUGGAGGAGUUAUCGGGCCUUAUGCGAACGACAUCGAGGUCAGAGAGUGAGAACCAUUUUUUUGGUCAAGUGUGCAAUUCAAAAGCUACUCUUGUUGAGUUCAUGACUCAUUACGAAACUGCAAUAGAAGCACAGCGUCACAUGCACCGGAAAAAUGAUCACGAAUCUCGAUACAAACGCCCACAGUUGAAAAGUAAUUACCAAGUGUUGGAGGGCCAAGCUGCUGACAUAUACACGGAAAAUAUUUUUUGUGAUGUUCAAGCUGAGCUAAUCGGAAUAGCGGAUUGCAUAAAUCAGCGUUACGAAGAUCAGCCCGAUGGGCUUGUUAAGUUUUACAUAAAUGAUUUCCAGCAGCCUUUUGUUGUGUUUGUUUAUUUGAUUGUUUUUUAUAUACAAACAUUCUUUGCCUGGCGUUAUAUAGAUAUUGUUUUUGGCGUUUUUCAGAUAUUAGGGAAUUUCCAAAACAAUACAUUUUGA